CAGGCGUGAAUGCAAAGAGCAAAAGUGACUGGUCUCCACGUACGGAAGGGUGAUCCUGACUCGCCCCAGUCUAUCAGCCCACAAAGUCAAGGAAGACGUUCUUCCCUCUUCACGGUCAUUGAAGUCUUUGAAGAUCUGUCAGCCUCGCCCCUGUCAGGUCGCACACUUCAAUUUCCACCUCGAGAUUUAGGGUUUAUCUCUGUUCGUUUCAAAUCUUAAUCUUGUCUUUCUUGGGUUGGGUGUCGGUGAUGAUAUCGUUCACUGCUCACUAAAAUAUUGCCGGGUUCUAAGAUUUGUUGAUGCUGUUGUGCCUAAAUUCAUCUGUGUCGGUAAUGUGGGUUUCUUCCUCGGAACUAUGGAUUAUACCUGCUAAAUUUUGCGAUUUUCUUCUACAUCAUUUCCGUCAAACAUAGCAGAUCGAGCCCCUUUUGAUCUCCAAAAGCAAUUCCCGGAUUUCUCUCUGGAAUCAGCUACUGUGAUUCGGUAAGAUUUCUGGGUUUCUUUCAUUUUGAAUCUGCAACAAUGGUUUCCGCUAAAUUUGAUGCUUCAAAGCAAUACUACACAACAAGCAGUCUUGUUGUCGGAUACGCUCUCUGUUCUAGCUUACUUGCGGUUAUUAACAAGUACGCCAUUACCAAAUUCAACUUCCCUGGUCUACUAACUGCUUUGCAGUACUUGACUUCAGUUCUUGGGGUUUGGGUGCUUGGGAAAAUAGGGUUUCUGUACCAUGACCCCUUCACAUUGGACACUGCAAAGAAAUUUCUGCCCGCGGCGAUUGUUUUCUAUCUCGCGAUCUUCACCAACACGAAUCUACUCCGUCACGCCAAUGUGGAUACGUUCAUUGUUUUCAGAUCCCUUACGCCUCUUUUGGUGGCUGUAGCGGACACGGCAUUUCGGAAACAACCAUGUCCAUCGAAGCUCACCUUUCUGUCUCUGGUGAUCAUAUUAGGUGGUGCUGUUGGGUAUGUGGCAACAGAUUCGGCUUUCACACUCACUGCUUACUCCUGGGCAUUUGCGUAUUUGAUUACUAUUACUACCGAGAUGGUUUAUAUCAAACACAUGGUCACAAAUCUUGGGUUGAACACUUGGGGUUUCGUAUUUUACAACAAUCUGUUGUCUUUGAUGAUGGCACCUCUGUUUUGGGUUUUGACGGGAGAGUAUGUUGAUGUGUUCUCUGCUGUGGGAUCAAAUUCUGGCAAUUGGAUUGAACCAGCAGCAUUUUCCGCGGUUUCAAUAUCAUGCAUUUUUGGCUUGCUCAUCAGUUUCUUCGGAUUUGCAGCGAGAAAGGCAGUCUCAGCCACAGCAUUUACAGUUACAGGCGUGGUUAACAAGUUUCUAACGGUUGUGAUCAAUGUCUUGAUUUGGGAUAAGCAUGCGAAUCCGUUUGGCUUGCUUUGCUUGAUUUUCACUAUUGUUGGGGGAGUUCUUUAUCAGCAGUCUGUUACUGGAGGUGGCAGCCCUCCAGUGCAGCAUGAUUCCUCUGCAUCUAAGCUGAUGGGUAGUGAGGAUGAUGGCAAUGAUUCUGGAGAUGAUGGUGAAGGAAAGGGCAGAUCUGGUAAAGUUUCUGUUGUAUGAGCUAUAGAAAGGAGUUCAUUUCUUUUUCUGAUUGCUGAUGAGGGUAAUUUAGAGUGUCUAAAGCUGUAAGCAUAGCAUUAGAUGCUAUAGACCUUGGUUAUAUGUUCUUUAUGGAAAUAUCCCCACCUUGCUUUGUGUUUCAA